AUGAAGCCGACCAGCGUGUGUAUCGUGUUUGCCAUCGUUUUAUGCACGGCUGCCGUGGCAGACGCCACCCUGUAUGCAUACGCCAAAACCUGUUCCCAGUGCAAGAGUGUCGGAGCCAAGAAUUGUGGCUACGCCGUUUUCAGCAUGAAGGGAGUUUCCUGCGGUGGACAGACCAAGAUAAAGAGCUGCGCGGACUGUAACAAGCGGUCCGGACGAUGCGUCUGGUACAAAAUGGAGUGUUAUUUAUGA